CCAUCAUGUUGGAAGAAGAUAAUGAUGAGACAUGUUGGAAUAACCUGGAGAGCUUCCGGGUGAAGCUGAUCUCGGUGAUCGACCCCUCCCGCAUCACGCCCUACCUCCGCCAGUGCAGGGUGAUCAACCACGAUGAUGAGGAGCAAGUUCUCAAUGACCCCAGCCUGGUCAUGCGUAAGCGGAAGGCAGGCGUUCUUUUGGAUAUUCUUCAGCGAACAGGACACAAGGGCUUUGAGGCAUUUCUGGAGAGUCUUGAGCUUUAUUAUCCACAACUGUAUAAGAAGAUAACUGGCAAGGAGCCCAGCAGGGUUUUCUCUAUGAUUAUAGACACUGCUGGGGAGUCUGGGCUGAGCCAGCUGCUGAUGAAUGAGAUCAUGAAGCUGCAGAGCACGGUGCAGGAGGAGCGACGGAAGGCCCAGGAGCUCAGCGUGUGGCUGCAGACCAAAGAGGACACGAUCAGAGAGAUGUGGGUGAGGGACAGCCUGCUCCGCAAGCACCAGGAGCGGGCACAGAAGAUGAAGGAGGAGAGGGACAGCCUGAGCAAGGAGCUGAGGAAGUGCAAGGAUGAGAACUACAACCUGGCAAUGAGCUUUGCCAGGCAGAGCGAGGAGAAGAGCGCUGCCCUCAUGAAGAACCGGGACCUCAUCCUAGAGAUCGAUCACUUGAAGCACAGCCUCAUGAAGGCUGAGGAUGACUGCAAGCUGGAGAGGAAGCACACCAUGAAGCUGAAACACGCCAUCGAGCAGCGUCCCAGCCAUGAGGUGAUGUGGGAGAUCCAGCAGGAGAAGGAGCUGCUCUUGGCCAAGAAUCAGGAGCUGGAGAACACUCUCCAGGUUGCCAGGGAACAGAAUUUGGAGAAGAGCCUCUCCAGUGAGACCUUGGAGAAAGACUGUAGCCAGAUCCUAGAAGAGCGGCGGGAGCUGAUGGACACCAUCUACAGCCUCCGCAGGGAGCUGCGCCGAGCAGAGGUGCUGCAAGACAAGUAUGCAGAAGAAAAAGAGAUGCUUGAACUACAGUGCACAUCUCUGAGGAAGGACUCUCAGAUGUAUAAAAAAAGGAUUGAAGCUGUCCUGCAGCAGAUGGAAGAGGUGGCUUCAGAGAGAGACCAGGCACUCCUGACCCGAGAACAGUUCUACAUGCAGUACUCCAAGAACCUGGUGGAGAGGGACACCUACCGCAAGCAGAUCCGGGAGCUGGGGGAGCGAUGUGACGAAAUGCAACUGCAGCUCUUCCAAAAGGAGAGCCAGUUACUGGCUACUGAGUCCAAGCUGAAGAGGCUGCAACUGGAGCUCCCCACACCGACAUCUGACCUGGAUGAUACCUCUUCCAGAGAUUCCCAGGAACUUACCCUUCACAGCCAUCUAGAAGAAGAUACACAGCAGACUAAAAAAGAUCCCCCUGAAGGACAAAACGAGCAAUUCAGCACUCAAGAGAGCAGCCUGCCUCCAAAGUCACCCAGUGAGUGCGGCUCGGCCAGCGAGGAGAAGGAGCGCAGGAGGAUGAGGGACUGUUUCGAGCGCUACCGAAGGUCGGGGCUCUAG